AUGCUGUACUCCAAGAACGACCCGGUCUCCAGGUCUCGCUGGGAGAACUACGUUACCAAGAGUAUCAAGUCCGACCUCGCCGAUAUCGAAGGCACGUACAUGAAGACUAGCGGCAACUUCUGGGUCGCGACGGUGGAAGGCAACAACGGAGAGAGGAAGGUAGCAGGCAUGAUAGCUUUGGAGCCCAAGUCCAACGGAAAUGCUGAAGUUCGACGUGUUUCAGUACACCCUGGCUACCAGCGCAUGGGCAUCGGCCGCAAGCUGAUAACGCAUCUGGUACAGUGGGCGACGACGCGUCACUUCAAGACUCUGACACUCACGGCAUCCUACACGGAGAAGACGUCGGCCGUUAAGUUUUACACUUCAUUUGGCUUUCAAAUUGGGGAAAACAUCAUGUUUUGGGAAAACCCUUCCCACGAGGUAUUCUGGAUGACCAAGACGCUAUCGCCUCUGCCUACUUGCCAACCCGCGCCACAACUUUAA